GUGAGACACUUCAAGAAAAUCAGCUCUGUUCAACUUCGCAAGUCCACUACUACUUACUACACACAAGGAGCACGAGUCGGUUUCCACUCUCCAGCAGCGCAGCAAGAAUAAGAAGUAUAGGAGAAGCAAUGGCUGGUCCGGCGAAGGCGUCCUGGAUGGUGGCGAUGAGCUCCGGCGCAGUGGUGGCGCUCAAGGACCAGGCCGGGCUCUGCCGUUGGAACUACGCCCUGAGGUCCAUCCACCGGGAAGCCAAGGACAACGUCCGCAGCAGCGUCUUGCAUGGCACCAAGCAGCUUCCGGCCUCCCCGGCUGGGAGGCGGCGAGCGGAGAUGGCCGAGGAGGGGCUGAGGAUGGUCAUGUACCUUAGCUGCUGGGGACCUAAUUAGGAGUACUAGUAGUAUCUAAUAGGGCUGAUGUGUUCGUUGCAGCAAGUAACUUAGUAUUAGUAAAGCUUGCAGCAAUGGCGUUAGACUUGAUCGGUUGUAAAGACACCACGACAACAAUGAUGAUGAAAACUUCGGCUAUCAGUUUAUAAUUUAUAUUA